UGUCGGUUCGGUAGUCGGGGAGCCGGGAGCAGCCGGGACUCCAAUUAGCGGUAUCGACGGCAUGGGCAGAGCUCCCGUCAGUGGUCGGCCACGCCGCGCACAUGCGCACGUAUCAAAUGCAUGCAUUCCCUUUUAAAAACAUCGCGAAAUACGAAACAAACGCAUCCAUUUCCUUUCAAAAACAUCGCAGCAAUGAAAUACGAACCACUGUAGCCGACUUACCGUGGUGGAAUUUUUGAUACGAAGCGCCGAUUCGGAGAUAGUGGUUACUAAAAAAUAUUUGCACAGGAGAAUGAAGCUGCCGAGGCUGGAUUUAUCAAUGCAGAAGAAGACAUGCCGACCAGCCAUGCUGGGUCGCAUGUGGCUGGCGACGCGCCGUCAGCUGACGCUAGAGCACUCCCCCGCACAUCAGUUCGCGUGCUGCCAAUGGCAAGCCGGCCAGCGACCCGCCACCAGCUACCUCGUGUACAGAUGGAUAUUGUUCGUGGCGAUCCUGUCAGUGGGCGUGGCAAGCUUCGCGUGCCAGCGACUGCCCCCGCGGUAUGAAGGUCCGCCGGUGAAGCUCAACUACUACAAGUGGUUCAUCUACUUCACCAACUGGGGCUUCAUGAUGAUCGCGCUCCAGGCCGGCUUGGGGCUCGCUGUCGUCGUGCGAUAUAGUAGCAAGAAAAAUUGCACCUUCUUAUGUGAAGACGAGGACGCUCUGACGCCCCGUCGCCCGCGCACCCCGCUACUGUGCCGCGCGUACUGGCUGGCGCAGAACAUCGCCACAGACCUAGCGUUCGUCAUCACCCUCAUCUAUUGGGCCCUGGUUUAUGAUCCCAAGCUCCAUGAUAUCGAUGCUGUAAAUCUUCUCGUCCACGGCGGUAACUCGCUGCUUAUGAUCUUCGAAUUGGCCAUCACAUCGCAUCCGAUGCGCUUGGCGCAUGCACUGUACGGCGCAGGCGCAGGCCUCGCAUACGGCGUGUUCAGCGCCAUCUACUGGGCUUUGGGUGGCACAGACCGUUUGGACAUGCCUGCAAUAUACCCCUCACUAGACUGGAAUCAACCCGGCAAGGCGUUUGGGUUCGUCGCCCUGUGCGCGGUUGUGAUGAUAUUCGCGCAUGCGUUCGCGACUGCGCUGGUAGCGUUGCGACUGCGCCUCGCCGUGCGGCUGCGCCCCACGAGGUGCGCCGGAGAACGCCUCACCCUCCCCACGCACUGAGGGUGCAGGAAACGUGUCUGAACGAAACGGUCGCAAACGCAGCUCAACAAACUAUAAAGCCAACUUUACAGAUUGGGCCAACAUGUGCCGCCAACUGAUGUACAGACGAGGACAGAUAGAUCUGACCACCUGCGCAAUGUGUCCCACAAACGAUGACAUAUAUAUGGCGUAUGGCGUUUGCGCAGUAACAAAAUUGUCUAUAAAUCGUAUAUUACGCAGGGCAAUCGUAUAUAAUUGUAUACGCUGUUUCGUCUUUUAUGGCUCAUUUUGUCUAAGUUAAUAGGUUAUUUUAUUUGCCCCCUGUACUGUACUAUACACUAGUUUUGUCAUGCGUCAAUACUUUUUCAAGCAUGCAAAGAUAUGUUUGAUAUUAUUGGCUGAAAUGUUAACCAAAUGUGUAGAGCGGGCUUAAAACAUUCGUCAAACGAAUACACAAGUGGCUGUAAUCUAGCAUAAUACGUUCGGGACAUAGUGACGAUAUCGGCGUGCGUUUUUUAUUUCAAGCAAUAAGACCAGAACAAUCGCAUUCCUUUACUUCCCAAAGAAAAAGUAAAUUAUUAAGCAAGUGCUUUGUACUAUAGUAGAUAGAUUAAACUAAUUAUGUUUAUUAAAAAUAUAUACAUUAAAAUUAUGUAAUACAAUGUAAUAAAAAAGCAAUAAUUCACAUUCCAAAGAUGUUAAAAUCCGAUAAAUUUUGUGAUAGUCCCAAAGACGUUAUCGCUUGUACUAACUAAUAUGUUCUAAUCUAGACUAUCUAGUAGAUAGAAUUAACAAAUGAUGUUCUCGAUUACAUAAUAUGUGAGAAGUCUUUGAAAUUCAACAUCAAGCUAAACAUAUUAUAAUUAUUCAGGAUGUAUGUAUGUAAUUGUAAUGAAAAACAAAGCACUAUGUUAUACUUCAUAUUAUGUUUUUCGGAGAUUGCUUAGCAAAUUCUGUAUCGUCGCAAAAGUUGUAGAUUCUUUAAUAUUUGAUAGUUAUUUGUUAUAGGUAAGUUUGUUUGUUACUCAAUUAAUAUCGAUGAAUUAAUUUGAUUUAAUUUUAUUCCUAUAACUGGGCGUUUUAAGUAAAGAAAAAUAACAUGAAAAAUAUAACAAAUUUAGAAUGAAUUUUGUCAUAGUGACGACACAUUAUUAUUAUGUAUUGGUUGUAGGUUCCAGUUAUAAUAUUAGAAAGGCAAUUGAAUAUUACGUUUUCACUCAUUGAAAAUUAUUUAAAAAAUGUUUAAACAAUUUACAAACUAAGUGUGAAAAACCUUAUACUUAGAUAUGUGAACAUUUUGCUCUCGUCUCUAUUGUUUAAAUAAUUCAGAUAAUUUUAGACAGGUUAUGAGGCAUCAUGUGUACAUGUACCUAAUAUCUAUAAAAAAUAUGCUAACUUAACUUGAUAUAUUAUGCUUAUUAUGAUAUUCAUAAUAAGAAUAAUAAGCAUAAUAUUCAAAAAACAAAUUCUUAAGAAUGUAAAUGUAAAUCAUGGAGUACGAAUCUGUGACGUGUGGUAUAGGUACCUAGUUAUUAGUUUUUGCACAUAAGUCAACUGCCAAUGCUACUUAGAUUCUCGAGAAUAUAUAUAAUGAAGUUAUGAAAUAAGAUGUUAUGGAAUACGUUGCAAUCUUUGCCCUUUGUAAGAAUCUCAAGCUAACACAAGGACAUACCAUAACUCGAUUUUUACGAUUUACUCUGAAUGAAAAGCAGCUGGUUCAUUUAAUUUUUGUAUUCCUUUCAAUAUUACGAAACCAAAUAUACUAUAUCAACUUAUAGCAUAGGAUUCCUCAUUGCUGAGGAUCGUGGUCAUUACGUGAAAUGAAACACACACAACGAUUUUCUUGGUACCAUUAAUGGAGUUGUUUGCCAUUGCUUUCUUCAUUUUACACACAGGUGUAGUUUAGUAGUCAAUCAGUGUAUAGGUUGCCCCAAAGUUCCUUUACCAAAAGCAAACGGUGGUCGAUGAAAACCACUAAACGUGAGUUAGAUUUAACUCAUAUGGCACGAAUAUGAUUCCAACUUGGGACCUUUGGAUCCGUUGGCGGGCGUCUUAACCAUUUUACCACCACUGCUUCAUAUAUAGGUAUUAGGAGUAUCUGUAAUUUGCAAAGACCUAUCAAUGAAAUACACAAUCGCAUUGCAUAAUUAUAAGAAGUUAUUUUUUUAAAUGAUAAUGAUGCUGAACCUGUGGCUUUAAUAUAUACGUGCAUUUAUAUUAAAUAGUGAACAUUAUCAAGCUAUAAAAACGAGUGCUACAAAGUUAUGUCAAUUUAUAAGAAAACACGCAAUAAUUAUAAACUAAAGUAAUUCUUAAGCACGUGCCCUUUUAAAGCAAGUAGAUUAUAGAAAAUAUUAUAUUUGUAAUGCCAACUUAACUAAACAAUAUCAAAACUAAGUGAUUAUAGGAACUUAUGAGUUUCAUUUCAUUUGUGAUUUCUAAUCUUUAGAAGUUAUUUUACAAAAGUUGAUUUACUAUUCUUGGAAGUAAUAAAUAAACUAUAUUGUUAUGAAAAAAAUAUGUUAAAACAUAUUUUAUAUAUAAUGGAUAUAGUAAUAAUUCUAAUGUUAUCUGAAGGCUUCUAUAUAUUCGUACGAUAUUAGGAGUACCAAUCGCAAAGUUAUGUAUAGAACUGUAUGAAAGGAUCUUUUAGGUUGUAGUGGGCCAAGGCACUCCUGUACCCAUCUGCCCAUACACCAAACCUUGUACAUACACUGCACUUGUACCUACAUAUAGAGUACAGUUCUAUUAAUAAGCAUCUACAAAUUAUAACUCAAUGUAUACCAGCCAAUUGCAGUGCACAUUUUAGGGAACUGGGCGAAGUAUUGUUAUUAUAACUGUGUUAUACUAUGUAACUGCUAUAAAUCAGACCUUUGCACGUUUUAAUUAUAUCGUUUGAAACAAUUUGUGUAUUCCACAACUUUGUUAAAAAGUUGUUAAAAGUUGGUAAAAUUAUACUUAAUAUGACUAUUUAACAGACGUACAAAUCAUUUAUGACAAUGGUUAUGGAGAAGAAAAAAUUAGCGACAAAAUAUUUAGCUGUUAAAUGAGUAUCGUUCCUAACAUAUUGUAAUAUAAUAAAAAAUACAUUGCUGUGAUUUUAUUAUUUGCUGUCGUAUUUUAAAUAAAUCUGUGAGAAAUAUGUGAAUUUUGGCUGUUUUUAAGAAUUUUAUAUUUUGGCGUAUUGACUGACACGAAAAAAUAUUUAAUAACUCAAAGUAUUAUUGUAAUAAUAGUACACUUUUAGUUUAAGUAUCUGUAUAGACAAAUAAUACAUUAUAAACAUAA